AUGGACCUGUAUGAAAAUUUCAAAGUGAAAGAGAAAAAAUUGUUGAAUAGGAACAUGAAACUCAAAGGAAAGCCCCGAAGAUGCCCAGUGCAGAUUAAGAGAGGAUUUCCAUGGCAUUGUAUUGCAUCCAGUCUGGGAAUUUUAUGUGUUUUACUUUUGCUGGCAACCAUUACCUUGGGAUAUAUGUUUUUUCAGUGCUCUUCUAAGUGGAAAAUACAAGAUAACAAAGUCACAAAUGAAAAAAGUCACACACUUUCACAAACUAUCAAAGAGAAAGACUGUGAUGUAUAUCAAGGAAAAUGGUCCUGCUGUGGAAAAAACUGUUACUAUUUUUCAAAAGAAGAGAAAACUUGGAAUGAGAGUCGGAAAUCAUGCCAAGACCUUGAAUCCAAUCUCAUUAAGAUUGAUGACCAAGAGGAACAGUUAUUUAUCCAAUCAAAAAUUAAAUAUAGUUAUUGGGUUGGAUUGCAUAAAAAAGGAACUAAUUCUCCCUGGAUGUGGACAGAUGGCACAGGACCUUCUUGGAAAUUGACUUUUCAAGCAACUACAUUUGAAUCAGAGGAGAAAUGUGGACGUCUCAAGUCAAUAAACAUAGUGGAUGCUGUUUGUACUAAAGAAUUUCAUUUCAUCUGUGAAAGGAAUUUAAGUUCUUCAUAA